GCGUAAUUCCGGUGAGCUGGACGCGCGUCGCCUCGUCCUCUGAUAAAGGACUGUUUCUCGGGCAGAAGGCAGACAUGGAGGAGCUGAGCGCCGUGGGAGAGCAGGUCUUUGAUGCGGAAUGCAUUUUAAACAAACGGCUGAAGAAGGUCAGAGCUCUGAAACAUUACAACUCGUUUCCGCGUUGUUGUUGUUUACCUUCUUUUCUAACGGCCUGUUUACGCACGUUCUUCCGCUCUUCGGGCUGUUGUUCUUCUCUUCCAGGGAAAGUUGGAGUUCCUGGUGAAGUGGAGGGGAUGGUCAUCCAAACACAACAGCUGGGAGCCUCAAGACAACAUCCUGGACCCCCGACUGCUGGCUGCGUUCAACAAGAAGUGAGUUCAAAAGAGCAAGAAAAGGAGCUUCUGAUGCUGAAGAAAGGGAAAAGGCCGAGGGGACGGCCGCGGAAAGUUCUAGAAAAUGUGACCGACGCUCCAAAGUCAAGCAGCUCUUCGUCCGGCUCCUCGUCGUCCUCUGACUCCUCCUCCUCGUGCUCCUCUUCAUCAUCCUCGUCUGACGAUGACGACGACGGCAGCAGCCACGUGAAACCGUCGACGCCGGGAGUCCGAACGCGAGACCUUCACCCCGUCCCCCAGAAGAAGGCGCAGAUUGUCGUCGCCAAACCGGAGCCCCCGAAGAAGCGCAGCAGGAAACCGCCGUCGCCCGAAGCCAAGGAGCUCCCGCAGAACAAGGGGCCUCGCAAGAUCCUCAAGGCGACCAAAGAUGGCGAUCUCCCCGGGGCCAUCAAGAAGCCCGUUUACCCGGCGAGCUUCACCUUCAUGGGGUUCCACCGGGGCUCGCCUCGGGAUGCGGUGGCCGGUCAGACCAGAACGGGUUCUCUGACUCAGGGAGGGGCCGCUAAGAACUCUGCGGGACCAGGCAGGCCGGUCCAGCCCGCCUCCCUCUCGCUGAGCAGAUCCAGCCCGAGCAGGAGCGUCGGCGAGGGCAAACUGUCCGUCUCCGGCGGUGCAAGUCUGGAUUUGAAAGCGGCUGCUAGUAAAUCAAAAGGCGUAGCGGCGUUGAAUCUGAAUACCUCCAAACACCUCAUUCAAGGAACCACUCAGCAUACACUAAGCUCCCCCAGCGGACAAAAGAAGCCCCCGGCCCCUGUGUCAACACUGCAGCGGACACCCAAUAAUAAAGCAGUGGCUUCUUUGCCGACUAAAAACUCCCCCGUCAAUCAAAGCCCCGGCCCUCAGCCGCUCAACCUCCAGAGCAAACGGGUGCAGAGCGGAGACGCUCCGGCAUCGGGCCCGAGGAACGCGACCAACCCGGCGAGGAAAACCCCCGUCUCGCAGGACCAGGAGUAUAAUCCCGCCAAGAGUCCGGCGACACCCGGGAGACUUCAGACCAGAAAGAGCCAGCCUGGGGCGGACGCGGUCAAGGAGGCGGCUGAGAUCCAGACCCCCAGAGUCCAAGGCAGGCUGGAGAAGAGCGGCGUGCAGAAAUCCUCCACGGAGGUCCAGAGCCAGCAGGAGAGAUCGGACGGCAAGAACGCCAAAAUGAACGUCAUGAGCACGGGCGAAGACGAGAGUUGCUCGGACUCCGACCAGGACUCUCCCUACGUCGGACAGGCGGCCGCCCAGAACCAGGACUGGAAGCCCACGCGGAGUCUGAUAGAACACGUGUUCGUAACGGACGUCACCGCUAAUCUGGUUACAGUCACGGUCAAGGAGUCGCCGACCAGCGUGGGCUUCUUCAGCCUUCGCAACUACUGACGGGGAGCUGCAAACCAGAUGGGCUUUGAAGCAAACAUUUUGGGCUGGGGGGUUUCGGGCUCUGAAGGAAAUAGAUAAAAACGCUUUGGCUGGAGGAUUCCUGAGGAACGCCUCAGAGGGACCAGAGGUUCAUUUGCGCUUCUUCUUUCUUUUAGUAAAAGACCAGUUUUUUAGGUUUAAAAAGAUAACGUCCGUUAUCGAUUUGUGUUUAAUUUAUUUUGCUCGUGUCUACAAAUUGUGCCACGAUAACGGCGGUGGAGGAGGCGCAUUUUUGGUCCCGACUGAUGAUCUGAAAAUGGUCCAAAUUGUUGUCGUUACCGGCGUCCUGGAGAUAAAAUAACUUAUUCAUCUUUAAAGUGUGGAGAGCUCCGAUGCCUCACGUUCAUGCCGAUCCCUUCUGUCUCUCUGUCGAUGAGAUCAGAAGAGCGAGAUGGGAGGAGACAUUUAGCUCAUUAUGGGUCAAUCACUAGCUAAUGUAAACCAGUUUUUUAAUUCUUAGUAUAGUUUAUCUUUAACAUUUCAUGAGUUAGCUACCUCAUUUUUUUUUUUUUUAAUUUAGAAAGUUUGCUGCAUACGUGUGUUUAUGUCUCCAGGGUCUACCGUCACUGUGUCCUUUAUAAUUGUUUAUAUUUAUAUAUAUUUGACUCUCGUGCUGUGUUGGCUCCAGCAGCAGACAAUGGCUUCAUUUCUGUGUCAUGAAAAAAAAACUCCAAUCGGAACCUCCUUUCGAGUUUCGUUGAACCGCUCGCGCCGUUAUCGCCCUCGGAAGAAAGAAGUUUCGUUCCACAGUGCAGCCGGUUUAUCAGCUGGAGGUUUUCUCCCCCAAACGGGCUGCAGCAUGUGGGGGAGUCAGAUAUACGGUAUCUGCGCUCAGAUAAGACUCGGCCUGAGGUUUCUGCCUCUGCAUCGGCGCUGUCCUUCGUUGGCCAGCAGCUCUCAUCUUCUCAGACCUGUAGUUAAUACAAACGCAAAGAAAGAAGAAGCAGAGAACACGUGCUGGCGUUGACAUGGAGGGAUGAUCACGGACCGAACCCCUGAUGAAGGAAACGGGUCGGGCGUGGACUAAACUUGCCAGUAAGAAAAGCUCGCCGUUGUUUGCCGUUCACCAGAUGUCAUCGUGUCUGUUGCUUCUGGUGUUUCAACACGUGGAGGACUUGAAACACCAGAUCUGGUUGUUUUUUUCCGUUGCAGCUGCAGAUGUCUCAUUUCACCCGCCUGCAUGAGUUCAGGAGCUGCAGCCCCCCCCCCGUGAAAGAAAGAAAGAUCUUUAUCUGAUGUAACGGAAAAUAAACCACAACAAUGUGCGCUACUUUCUGCUCCCUCGAGAGGAGUUCGGCGACAAAGCACUUGGACUGAACUCGUCUGUCUCAUCCUGCUCUGCAGACUGUGCCUUUUCUUUGCCUCUCAAAGACUGAAACACAAAAGACAUUAACCCCAAAGAUAGCUAGGAUUUCAGGUAAUUCAAUAAAAAGGAGAUACCCUAGAGAAAGAGCACGCAGACCGGCCGGCAUUGCUUGGAAACAAUACGGUCCGGAGACACACACGUGAUGCCUCAUUUAAAGCACAGAUUAGAGAUAUUGUAGUUUCCAUUGAGGAGCAGCUGAAAACGAGUGAAUUCUCACAUUACAGGUGGAAAGUGUCUUCUUGUCAGUCCAGCUCUGAGCAGAACGUAGAGUUUAGUCUCAUCAGAAGGUCCUGUUUCACUACCAGCUGUGUCUAUGAACAUGUGUUUUUAUUUGAUCUGUUUUACUGACUGACUGAGAAGAACAACCUUGUCAUGAAUAUGUUUUGUUUUUAGAUCUACUAACCAUCUCGAUGAAAUGUUCUCUUUACAAUCUAUUUAUUUCAAAUCCAGAGCCUUUCACGGUAGGACGGUGUCACCAAUCCUUGUAUUGUGCCGCUCGUCACGUCGACUAAUAAAUGGUACCGCCUUUUGUCUGACUCCUUUUGUUUUAAAUCAAGCGACUAGAAUGAACCCCUCAUGUGUACACGUCUGUCUGUCCGAAAUGUCAUAAUUAGCCAGUUAACUCUGGAGUUAUGGCCAAACUACUUUUUUAUGAGGUCACACUGACUUUUCACCACCAAAUCCUCGUCCAUUUAUCCUCGAGUAGAGUUGAUAUUUGUGCCAAACUUUGAAGAAAUUUGCUCCAGGUGUUUCUGAGAAAUCACGAGAACGGACCAGACGCUCUGUUGUCGUCGGGCACAUUUUCUGCUUCCUAAAUGUGAGGAUUUGCUGCUUUUCUGAGUGAUGACUGUAAAUGUAAAAUGAGUUUUGGGCUGUUUGACGACACCGUACUGGGCUCUUGUUGGUGCUAUUAUUCAAUAUUCUCUGACAUUUGACAGACUAACCAGUCAGGGUGGCUGAUCCUAUACAUUACUACUGAUGGACAAUUGGCAUACAAACCAUGUCAAACAUUAUGUGAUCACACAACAUAUCAGUUGUACAUCAUACGUUAUGUUGUAUAAUCUAUGUCUCUGAGAAAUCAAAAGGCAGCUAGCCACCAGUUAUAUCUGUGUAACCCGGCGGUAUUCAUCUUUUGUAUAAACUUAUUGUUGAAGUCACUGAGAAAGUAAAACGUGUUUAUUUGUGUACGUUUAACACCGGUCACCUUUGAGUGUUUAUAUUGUGGCAAUCAGCUGAUUGUACUUUUGCUAAAUAUUAAAAUUCCAAAUGUAAUGCACCAUUUUACUCGGCCUUUACUCGUGCACAUAGAAUUGGAAUAGAUCCUGAAAUGAGCUCCGUUCUGCACUGAAUACAGAAUCAAUAAUCAGAUUAAAACCCCAACAGACCAAUCGGUGCAAUACAUAAACAGAUUGAUGAUGAGGGGGAUGUUUCAGCAGCUGAGAGGAGUCAGAAUAUGUUUGGCUGUUUCAAAAAGGUGCCACGUAUUUACAUGUUUAUUAUGACAGACUUGUGCUGAUUAGAAAUUCACAAACUGUCAAAUAUUGUAUUUUAUAUUUCAUUCUCUCUGCAUCAGUGUGGAUUUAAUCUUCAUCAUCACCACCGUUAAAUCAGUCACAUCCAUCAGUUCAGAAACCAGAUGACUGCCUCGUUCCUCCACCACCUCUUGUUGAGUGGUACUUCAAACAGCCACUAGGUGGUGCUGUUGCACUUGAAGGUGAGGACACCCGGGAGCGCUUCAGUUUCUUAAUUAACCAUAAUUACAUCAUCUGUUAGUUUACACACUUGAGAUUGAACUCCUUUAACUCGGUGCAUCUCGUUAUGUGAAAGCAAACUGACAAUUCUCUGACUCUCUAACAUUAAGAGCCGUACACUAGUAUUCUCUCUGUAAUCACAGUACAGCACUGUACACUAGUGUUCUCUCUGUAAUCACAGUACAACACUGUACACUAGUGUUCUCUCUGUAAUCACAGUACAGCACUGUACACAAGUAUUCUCUCUGUAAUCAGAGUACAGCACUAC